AUGGAGGCAGCGGGGUACAAGGCCAAUAAUGGUCUCGACGAUCAGAAGUUGGCAUUGCGCUGGAUCAAGCUUCACAUCUCGGAGUUUGGAGGCGACCCCGAAAGAGUCACGGUUUUGGGGGAAAGCGCCGGCGCAGCAUCCGGGUGCUUCCACCUGCACUCAUCUGAGCCUCUUUUCGACCAGCUCAUAGCCCUCAGCGGCUCAUCGCAGCAGCGCCUGCGCUCCAAGGAACAGGCCGAGGUGACCUACCGUUCUGUCGUGGAAGCCAUUGGCGCAACCACGCUUCCGCCAAAAGAGCAGCUUCAAAAGAUCCUACAUGUCCCCGGCGAGGAGCUUGUAAGCACUAUAGGGCGCAAGUUUCCCAUCGGGCCGCUCAUUGAUGGUGAUAUAAUCCCGCGCGGAACUACAUUCAGCGCGUUACGCAACCCCGUCGAGGCGACUCGGCUUUUCCCUGGCAUAUUCCGUUGCAGGAGGGCUGUGCUCGGAGACUGUCAGAUGGAUGGAAUGGCUUUUGCCUCUCGUGUCGCCGCGCGGCAGGACAAUUUGCAGAAAACUCUGCUAUCUAGCUUGCAUGCCGUCUUUGAUCCCAUCAACCAAAAGAUCGCUAAAGACAUUGCCUCAGCGUACGGACUGGAUGAUCAAGCGUUAUCUAACGAGGGUGAGGAUCUGAAACCCGUCUUGCACUUUGGUGGCGAUGUCAUGUUUGCCCUCCCCGCCCGCGAAAUUGCCCAAGCGUUUUCCGUGUCCGCAGUGCCGGGCACCAAGGCCUUCCUCUGUCACUUCAACGCCCCAAACCCGUGGGAAGGACCCUGGAAGGGUCAUUCAACGCACAUCCUGGAUAUCUCAUUUGCUCUGCUCAACUAUAAUGGCGUGCUUCUCGACGCCCAGCGCCUUUGCGCGGAGAGAUAUGCCCGGGAUAUCAUCACCUUCGUCAAUGGUGGAGAACCGUGGCCACCCUACGAGACUGGGGGGAGGAUGGUGUAUGAUGCACCCGCGCAAGGGACGGAAGAUGAGUCUUGCUACGUCCCAAGGGGGUCUUCGGAGAACACGGGACGCAGGGAGGCCUUGUACAAGAUUGUAGGUGAGGCGAUGUUUGACAAGCUUGUGGAUGUAUGGAUGCUGUUCAUGGCCGGCCCUAAGUGA